AGAGUCCCUACCUAGGGGCUUCAGGAGUAUAAUGAUCGCUUUUGCUAUGGCACAUGUGGUUAAUCUUAUUCUCACCGGAAAAUAAUCUGAAGAGUCGUGUCUGGUCUAGUAUACUCAUUCACACGAAUAUUUUGAAUCCAAACAGUUUAUGUAAUAGGAUGAGUAUCUACGGAGUAGUAUCCGGAAAGUGAUCUUCACUAGGACUAGGAUCACAUGCAAGUCAUGCUUUGCUUUGCUUCAUUCUUUGCCGCAGUUACUACGGGCUUCUCUUUGUCCACUGAGAAUGCCAUACGCGAAGGGGCAUAUUGUGAAUCAGUAAUCAAUUCACGGUGCCUAAGGUGUUGAUGAGUAAGUACUCUUUUACAUUAGACAAAGUACAGUCUGGCAGCGAGGGGAAUUGCUUCAUCGUUUGCCCAGAUAUCAAGAAAGCUCUAUAGAUUUGACACAAUCCAUGUUUCUCGAAUAUACUUCACAAUGUCAGAUAAGAAGCUUGUAGUUGUUCUCGGAGCUACUGGUGCACAAGUGCAUUUAUUACUCUUACAAACUCCUUGAGUUCAGCGCACCAUACUAACGAUUCUGACUCAAGGGCGGCCCCACAACCCGUUAUAUCCUCAAGCGUCUUUCUGAUACUUACCGAGUGCGGGCCGUAACCCGUGAUCCUACAAAGCCAUCCGCUCAAGCUCUAUCCAAAAGUGGUGCCGAAGUUGUCUCUGCCGAUUAUGAUAUUCCUGACUCCAUCAAGGCUGCUCUAUCCGGAGCCCAUGCCAUAUUUGCUAUCACUAACUUCUGGGAACAAACCUCACUUGAAACUGAGGUGGCUCAAGCCAAAACUAUUAAUCAGAUUGCUUCCGAACUUCCUCACCUCGAACAUUAUAUAUUGAGUAGUCUGCCCGAUGGAAGGACAUUAGCUGGAUGUCAAUUUCAGAACAUUUUACCAUAUAACGCUAAAGCACUGAUCCGACAUGAUUUGGCUGAGAAUUAUCCGAGUCUGUGGAAAAAAACUACAGAGGUGUUUGUCGCGUUCUACUUUCAAAAUUGGGUCAAAUAUUCAAUGGUCUUAGGUCCGUACAAGGCACCAGAUGGAUCAUUUGUGCUCUCAAUGCCAUAUCCAGGUUAUACUAGGGUUCCUUGCUCCGAUGCCGAGGACACAGGAAUGGCAAUUGGAGAAGUCUUGAGAGAAGGGAAGAGAUUCUUUGGAAGACAGGUUGUGCUUUUUGAAGAACCCAUCACGGAAGAGGAAAGACUGAAAAUAUGGGCUGAUGAACUCGGUAUCAAAGCCCGAUUCGAGCAAGUCUCCCCAGAGCAGCAUGCAAAACGACUAUCGAGCUACGGACUUCCCGCAGAUGUUGUCAUUGCCAGCACAGAGCUCGUCGAGGCUUCACCGUACAAAGAAUCGAUGUUAAUGAGUGGGAGACACGUACAGACAGAAGAGUACCUCCCAGAUGGUUACAAAUUGGCUACUUGGGUAGAUUAUGUUAGGAAAGAAGACUGGUCAUCUUUGAUAGGUGCAUGAACUGCUUGGAGUUACAUUCGUGUGUGGUGGGCAAUGCAGCGGAAACCCCCUAAUAUGGUGAUUGCAAUUCAAUGCUGUUUCUGCUUGUAUGUGCUUCGCAAAUCUAUCUUUCGAUCAGUAAUCCAACCACAAUAAUAAAUACACAUCUCUGCCCAAUCAGAUUCCUUCAUACAUAAUCCAGACACCAAAUUUUGACAUGCACA